GACCGUACGGCACUUCCGCCCGUCCAGCUUCGCCCGGAACCUGCGCCGCCGGCGCGGACAUGGGGGCCGCCGGCGUGGCCCGGCUGCACGGGCUCUUUGCGACCUACAAGCCCCCCGGGCUGCACUGGAAGCACCUGCGGGAUACGGUGGAGCUGCAGCUUCUGAAGGGUCUCAAUGCUGGGAAGCCGCCUGCCCCUGAGCAGCGUGUUCGCUUUCUGCUGGGCCCUGUGGAAGGCAGCGAAGACAAGGAGCUGACCCUCACAGCCACCAGUGUGCCCACCCUCACCAACCAUCCGCUGGUACGUGGACCAGCAUUCACCAGCCUGAAGAUUGGUGUGGGACACCGACUGGAUGCCCAGGCAUCUGGGGUGCUUGUGCUCGGCGUGGGACAGGGACGCAGUCUCCUCACCGACAUGUACAACGCACACCUCACCAAGGAUUACACGGUUCGCGGCCUCCUGGGCAAAGCCACGGAUGACUUCCGCGAGGACGGGCGGCUGGUGGAGAAGACAACAUAUGACCACGUGACCAGAGAAAAACUGGAUCGAAUCCUGGCGGUGAUCCAAGGCUCCCAUCAGAAGGCCCUGGUGACGUACUCCAACCUCGAUCUGCAGACCCAGGAGGCCUACGAGAUGGCCGUGAAAGGCUUGAUCCGGCCCAUGAACAAGUCCCCGAUGCUGAUAACUGGCAUCCGAUGCCUCCACUUUGUGCCUCCAGAAUUCCUCUUAGAGGUGCAGUGCAUGCACGAGACGCAGAAGCAGCUGCGGAGACUGGUGCAUGAAAUCGGCCUGGAGCUGAAGACCACCGCUGUCUGCUCCCACGUGCGGCGCACGCGAGAUGGCUUCUUCACCCUGGAGGAUGCCCUCCUGAGGACCCAGUGGGACCUGCACAGCAUCCAGGAUGCCAUCCAGGUCGCAGCCCCCCGGGUGGCAGCUGAGCUGGAGAAGAACUUGAGGCUGGGGCCGGGCACCCAGCAGCUCCAUGGUCCAGGCUGGCAUGGGGACAACGAGAGGCCAAGCCCUGCCUUGGAAAGCUGGACAGCGGGUGGGUAAAGAUCAGAGUUGUUCAUGAGCUGGGACGGACGACUGCAGAGAGAGUAGGGGAAGUUGUAUUACAUGAGAUGUGAGACUUUGAAGCUGUAGGAGAAAACACUUGACCCAACUGAAAAGGAAAAACUUUUAUAUGGAGAAAAAGAUGAUACAUGCAUGACAGACUGAUAAAAAUAUUUGCAAUACUUAAUGAAGAACUGAUAUCCAUAAUAUAGAAGGAGCUCUUAUAAAACAAGAAAAUUGGGCAAAUGACAUGAAUCAUAUGUAUAUAUUUAAAAAUAAAUAAAUAAAUAAAUAAAU